CAGAUGCAUCGAGCCCAUCCAUCAUCCACUCUUACUGCUAGCUCUCUAGUACACCACCACACUCAGACUAAGCUCGAUCUGCAUCACAUCCAUCCAUGGCGUCUGUGAAGUUCCCCGCCGCCGCGCUCGCCGUCGUCCUCCUCUUAUGUGCGGCGAUGACGGCGACGGCGUACCAGCCCAAGCCCACGCCCACGCCCAAGCCCAACCCCAUGCCCAAGCCGGAGCCCGAGGACUGCAAGAGGCAGGCCGAGUACUUCAAGAACUGCCUCCGCCUGGGCCUAGGCGAGAAGUGCUGUGGCAACGAGCGCGUCAUCCCGGUGGCGGAGCGCAAGUGCUACUGCCAGGUGGAGCGGGAGGCGGAGAUCGAAUGCGCGAUCGGGCGACGCUGCGGCGGGAUCGCCGGGAAAGUCAAGGUCGCCGAGAUGAAGCUCUCCUGCCUCGAGAACCUCCACUGCAAGCGCGCGUGAUAGCAGCACUAUGCCUACCGGAUUUUCUGGCUGGUUAUGCUUAGCGCACGUAUUUCAAUAUGUAUCAUCCUUCCUUGUGUAUCGACUCGACCUCCGAGUGUUCUGUGUGCGCUUAGCCGUGCCAUUCCUAUGUAAACUAUGCUGCUGCUGUUUCUGAACAGCAUCAUCGUUGGACGUUUCUAUCA